UUUCUUUGCCAAUAAAAACACAAUUGUCCUUUUCUCAUCUUAAGGCCUUUUCUAAAGCAUUGGUUGAGAGAAUUGUCUAUAUAUAAGAAACACUCUCUCACUUUAGUUAUUUCAAGAGUUGAGGUAGUCAUUUUGAUAUUAGAGUGGUGUUUAGGAAUACAAGAUUAGUGAGGAAAUGGAAGGAAAAAAUAACCAAAAUGAUUCUUCUUCAUUUGUUUCUGAGCUCUUUGGCUCCAAAAAGACACACCCAUCUUCUUCUUCUGGAGUUUUUGGCUCUUUGGUUUCUUCUCAAUCCCCUAAUGUGUUAGGAAAAGAUUCUAUCCGCACUGAAGUGAGUGAAAAAUCUAUCAAGGAGCAAUGGGACUCUAUACUUGGAGUUCGAACACAUGAUGACUUCUCCAAGGUCUAUGGUGGUGAAUCUCAGAAGAGUUCAAUCUACUACCAGGAUCAAAGAAUUGGACCAUGUAAUCUCAGCUCAUCAAUAUUUUAUGGUGGCCAAGACAUAAUUUAUCCUGCUCAGAGUUCACAGAAUGAAAGGAAGAAAAAGUCAUUGUCCAAGAAGGAUGGAGAAGAAGAUGAUUUAGGGAUUGCUACAAGAGGAGAUUGGUGGAAAGGAGGUCUCCAUUAUUAAAAUCAUCCUUGUCAGCAUUAUAUGCAUGCUUUACAAGGACAUAGCUGGAUAGUGCAUCAAUAUUAUCAAUCAAGUUAUGUGGAAGAAUAUGCAGCAAUCAGAAAAUUUAUCAUUCGUGUCUUUAUAUACAUUGUCGUCAAUUGAGUAAUCAAAAUAUUAAGAUUAUUUAUAUUUUAUGGUGAAAACUCUAUUUAUUAGUCACAAUAUAAUUUCAAGUAUGUUUUUGGGACCAAUUCUAUGGAGCACAAAUAAAAAUAUAUCGUGAUUUUUUAUCCAAUGAUAGAAAAGAUAUUUGUACA